GGCCGGCACUGUCGAACACUUGAAGUCCAGCCGCGUCGCCGCUCCGCUGCCGUCUCCGGCCAUCCACCACCCACCCUUGACGUCGCGCCGGGGUAAACCACACAAGACUUUGACUCUCUCGCCGCCAUGCGCGUCCCCCUCUUCCUCUUAAGACCCGUGCACCAACCGUCCGUCCUCCUAUUGCCGCCCCCGCACGCCCACUCUGCCCACCAUGGCUCGCUCCACCUGUCCGUCCCUCCUCGCCGUCGCCGUGGCCGUCGCCGCGACGCUGGCAGUUCUCGGCGAGGCGUCCGGGAUCGGGUUCGACCUGCACCACCGGUCGUCGCCGGUGGUGCGGCGGUGGGCGGAGGCGCGGGGCCACCCGGGGGCCGCGUGGUGGGCCGAGGCCGAGGGCACGCCGGAGUACUACGCCGCGCUGCACCGCCACGACCGCGCCCACCUCGCGCGCCGCGGCCUGGCGGAGGGCGACGGGGAGGGGCUGCUCACCUUCGCCAGCGGCAACCUCACGUUCCGGCUGGAGGGCUCGCUGCACUACGCGGAGGUGGCGGUGGGCACGCCCAACGCGACGUUCCUGGUGGCGCUGGACACCGGCAGCGACCUCUUCUGGGUGCCCUGCGACUGCAAGCAGUGCGCGCCCAUCGCCAACGCCUCGGACCUGCGCGGCGGGCCGGACCUCCGCCCGUACAGCCCCGGGAAGUCGUCGACGAGCAAGGCGGUGACCUGCGAGCACGCGCUCUGCGAGCGGCCCAACGCGUGCGCGGCCGCCGGCAACAGCAGCACCAGCUGCCCGUACACCGUCAGGUACGUCUCCGCCAACACCUCCUCCUCCGGCGUGCUGGUCGAGGACGUGCUCCACCUCAGCCGGGAGGCUGCCGGGGGCGCGUCGACGGCGGUGACGGCGCCCGUGGUUCUCGGGUGCGGGCAGGUGCAGACGGGCGCGUUCCUGGACGGCGCCGCCGUCGACGGCCUGCUGGGGCUCGGCAUGGACAAGGUGUCGGUGCCGAGCGUGCUGCACGCCGCCGGGCUCGUCGCCUCCGACAGCUUCUCCAUGUGCUUCAGCCCCGACGGCUUCGGCCGCAUCAACUUCGGCGACUCCGGCCGCCGCGGCCAGGCCGAGACGCCCUUCACCGUCCGGAACACGCACCCGACGUACAACAUCAGCGUGACGGCGAUGAGCGUGUCGGGGAAGGAGGUGGCGGCGGAGUUCGCGGCCAUCGUGGACUCCGGCACGUCCUUCACGUACCUCAACGACCCGGCGUACACGGAGCUGGCCACCGGCUUCAACUCGGAGGUGCGCGAGAGGAGGGCCAACCUCAGCGCGUCCAUCCCGUUCGAGUACUGCUACGAGCUGGGCCGCGGGCAGACGGAGCUGUUCGUGCCGGAGGUGAGCCUGACGACCAGGGGCGGGGCCGUGUUCCCGGUCACCCGCCCGAUCGUGGUCAUCUACGGCGAGACCAGCGACGGCCGGAUCGUCGCCGCCGGAUACUGCCUCGCCGUGCUCAAGAACGACAUCACCAUCGACAUCAUCGGCCAGAACUUCAUGACCGGCCUCAAGGUGGUGUUCGACAGGGAGAGGUCCGUCCUGGGCUGGCACGAGUUCGACUGUUACAAGGACGUGGAAACGGAGGAGCUCGGCGCGGCGCCGGGGCCGUCGCCGACGACCCGGCUGAAGCCGCGGCAGAGCGAGGUGGCCAACGGGACGCCGUACCCCGGGGCGGUGCCGGUGACGCCGAGGCAGGCAGGCUCAGGCGGCAACCGACCCUCCUCCUUCUCCCUGGAGGUGCUGCUGCUUCCCCUGCUGGUUGCCGCCGCGGCCGUCGUCUGAUCGGCGCGGGAGGAGUGGUGUACAUACAUACAUACAGACAAUCUUGUUGAGUCAGAAUUUUGAUACAGAUUCAUAUACUAGGUCGACCAUUUA